CCCUGCUAAUAUGCUGCCACACAGAAACCACUUCCCGUGUCAUACUGCAGGAGUUCACAGUGGAUCAGUCUUGGUUGUUAGUCUCUGUUUCCCUUUUUAUUUUAAGAACUGUUUAUUAACAAUGGUUUUCUAUUUUACUAGCGAAGUUGUGUCCCCACCGUAUACCAUCUAUAUGGGAAAGGACAAAUAUGAAAACGAAGACCUUAUAAAAUAUGGGUGGCCUGAAGAUAUUUGGUUUCAUGUGGACAAACUGUCCUCAGCCCAUGUGUAUCUCAGACUACCUAAGGGGCUGACAAUAGAUGGUAUCCCAAAAGAAGUGCUGAUUGACUGUGCACAGCUAGUGAAAAACAAUAGUAUUCAAGGCUGCAAAAUGAACAACAUCAAUGUGGUAUAUACACCAUGGGCCAACCUAAAGAAAACUGGGGGCAUGGAUGUAGGGCAGAUAGGCUUCCAUCGGCAGAAAGAGGUAAAGCUUGUUGCAGUAGAAAAGAAAAUUAAUGAAAUUGUAAAUAGGUUGGAAAAAACUAAAGAAGAGCGCUCCCCUGACCUGGCUGCUGAAAAAGAAUCCAGAGACAGAGAAGAGAGGACUGAGAAAAAAACACAAAUCCAGGAAAUCAAACGAAAUGAAAGAGAAGAAAUGAAGAAGAAAAAAGAGUUGGAGGAGUUGAAGAGUUAUUCGUCUCUUAUGAAAUCAGACAACAUGACCACCAAUGAGGAUGGAAAUGACUCUGAUGACUUCAUGUAAAAAAGGAAGCAUUAUCUUUUGAAUAUAAGCAUUUGGAGUUGGAAGAAGCAUUGGAUUGGAUGCCAAAAACUAUUCUUUAUAAAAGAGCACUUUUUUCUUGGCCAUAUUAAACUUAGAAACUAGUGCCAAUGACUUACUGAAGAUUGUUUCUGCACAUUUGAGGAUGAAGUUUGGCCUUUGAUAACACAAUUACUCAUUGCUUCAAGAACAGUUAGAUGAAAGCAGUUUUGAUUGCUUUUGUAUCUAGAGGAAGCCAGAACAAUGGUGUAAUUUGCUCCCCAUAUCCUUUUUUAUAUAAAAGAGAAACAUAUUUGUAAUAUGAAUUGGCUGCUUUGUUCUCUGGAUAAGGGACUGAACUGUCCUCCUCAUUGGAUAUUCAGUAUUGUAAACAUCGAGUCAUCCUGUGAUGGAAGGUGUUGAUUGAAAGUGCGCAGAUAGUGGACACAGUUGGGAUGGAACUGUUUACUUGCCUGGUUUAAUGGUUCAAAUGUAUAUACAAAAGAACACCUCCUUACUGUUUUCAUGUGACAGGCAUCAUGAAUUCUGCAUUCCAUGUAACAGAGUAAAAAAAGAUACAGCUGUAUUUUUUAUUUUUUUUUUUUUUAUGGGACAUGUAUUUAAACAAAUGUAAAAUAAAACAUUAAAAAUAUA